AUAUCCUGCUUUACUCCUUUCUUGGCGACUGAUACAGCAUUGUCGCUGAUGUACCUCAUAUAUUGCUAGAACAAUUACUUCCAUAAAACUGAGACAACUAGAAAUAUGUCCAAUUAGUCAUAAAUUAUGCCACGUUAAUAGCCUAACAUACUAAUGGAAUUUUGUGUUUAUUCUGUUCUAUCAUGGUGUCACAAUCUAACUUGCACAAAUUAUGAGGAUGGACUGAAGGUGUAUUCUACCGAUUUAUGGAUGAGAAGGGAAACUUGAAAGCCAGCCUUCGCCACCAGACUGAAGGAUUGAUGAGCUUGUACGAGGCUUCCCAUCUUGCAAAGGAAGGAGAGCACGCGCUGGAAGAAGCUACGAACUUCACAACUAAACAGCUCAAGAGCCUCAUGGAGGGAUCACUUGAGCCUCAUCUCAGGGAGCACGUAGGCCAUGCCUUGGAGCUUCCAUUGAACUGGAGGAUGCCGAGGUUACAGACCAGGUGGUUCAUAGAAGCAUCCCAAAGGGAAGCGAAGAUGAACCCUGUCCUGCUUGAAUUGGCUAAGUUGGACUUCAACAGGGUUCAGAUCAUAUAUCAGAGGGAACUCAGAGAAGUGUCGAGAUGGUGGAGCAAUGUUGGCCUGGCGCAGAGGCUUCCAUUUUCCAGGGACAGGUUGAUGGAGAACUAUUUCUGGACGGUUGGCUGGGCUUUUGAGCCACAGUUUGCAAGAUUCAGGGAGGCGCAGACAAAAGGGAACUGCCUGAUAACAACAAUAGAUGAUGUGUAUGAUGUUUACGGCACCAUCGAUGAGCUCGAGCUUUUCACGGAUGCCGUCGAAAGAUGGGAUGUUAAUACAAUGGACAAAUUGCCAGAGUACAUGAAGAUAUGUUUUCUAGCCCUCUUCAACACUACAAAUGACACCGCGUACAAUGUUAUGAAAGAGAAGGGUCUGGAUAUAAUUCCACACCUAAAAAAAGCAUGGGCAGAUCUAUGCAAGGCAUACAUGGUGGAAGCAAGGUGGUACCACCAAGGCUACACACCCAAUCUUGAAGAGUUCUUGGAGAACGCACUAGUAUCGAUAUCGGGACUCCUGAUAUUGACUCUUGCUUAUUGCACCAGUGACGAUGUAAGUCAAGAGACCUUGGAAGACUUCCAUAGCUGUCCUGAGAUUGCAAGACGGUCAUCCAUGAUCCUUCGACUUUGUGAUGAUUUGGGUACUUCCAAGGACGAGCUUGAAAGAGGCGAUGUGCCCAAAUCUAUCCAGUGCUACAUGCAUGAGAGCGGUUUAUCGGAGUAUGCGGCUCGUGAGCAUAUAAGGCGAUUGAUUAGGGGGAAUUGGAGAGCAAUAAACGGAGAUCGAAGUUUCACUUCGCGUUUUGAGGAAAACCUAAAAAUGAUAGCCAUCAAUAUUCCUCGAAUGGCCCAUUGCAUGUACCAAUAUGGAGAUGGAUAUGGCAAACCCGAUGGAGUGAUCGAGGAUCGCAUCGGGUCUUUGUUUAUUGAACCUAUACUUCUGUAACAAUGUAAUUAAGGAUAAUAUCGUGAAGCUAUAAUUCUCCUCGUGAUUUGUCCAAGUCUUUGAUCAAGUUUCUUUAGGUGUGAUCACUCUAUUUAUUCUGUAAAAGGUAUUUGAUA